UCAUGCUGCAGCAGAUCCUGCACGACAUGUACAUUGACCCUGAGCUCCUCGCCGAGCUCAGCGAUGUGCAGAAGCACAUCCUCUUCUACAAGAUGCGAGAGGAGCAGCUGAGGCGCUGGCAUGAGCGGGAGGCCUGGGAGACCCUGGCCCAGGGGGAUGGCCUCAGGCCCCCGAAGGUCAAGCGAGGAUCUACAGUGAUGACCCUUCUUUCAUGCCUGAUGUUGGCAGCAAGCGACAAGCACAUCCAGUGGCUCCUGGGAGCUGAUGGCGAGGUCUGGGUGUGGGUCAUGGGUGAAGGCCCUGGUGACAAGCCUUAUGAAGAGAUCUCUGAGGAGCUUAUUGCUGAGAGAGCACGGCUGCAAGCACAGAGGGAAGCUGAGGAGCUAUGGAAACAGAAGGAGGCAGAGAUCACCAAGAAGUUCCGGGAUGCUCUAGCCAAUGAGAAGGCCCGGAUCCUGGCAGAGAAGUGGAAAGUGGAGAUGGAGGAUCGCAAGGCUGCCAAAGUCCUGGAGGAACGCAUCCACGAAGAAUUCAAGAAGAAAGAGGAAGAGGAGAGGAAGCGAGGACAAGAGCAGAUUCGCCUCCAGGAGGAACAGAGGGAGAAGGAGCUUUACUGGUCACUGAAACAGGCCCAGCUGCGUUGCCAAGCCAGUGAGAAGGAAGAGCUCGAGUGGGAAGAACAAUUGCGCAAGUCCAAGGCAGCUGACGAGGAGAGGAGCCGCAGAGCCCAGUGUGCCCGGGAUGAGUACCGGCGCCACUCACUCCGUGCCAUCCAGAAAGGUACGGUUGCGGGCCUUAGCUCCAUGUUCCAGGAGCUCGGCCAGAACCAUGAGCAGGAAUCAAGACUCUACCACCAUCUUCCUGGUCCUGGUCCCCCCACACCCCUCGCUGUGCCUGUCAAGACUUGGGAGCGCCCACUGCGUCCACUCUCCAGAGAAGUCAUUGUCCGCUGGUUUAAGGAGGAGCAGCUGCCUCGCCGAGCUGGCUUUGAGAGGAACACCAAGUCAAUUGCCCCCUGGUUCCAUGGAAUUAUCAGCCGAGAAAAUGCGGAAGAUCUCCUGGAGAACAUGACGGAAGGAGCAUUCCUGAUCCGAGUCAGUGAGAAAAUCUGGGGUUACACCCUCUCCUACCGCCUGCAGAAAGGCUUCAAGCACUUUCUUGUGGAUGCCUCUGGGGACUUUUACAGUUUCCUGGGAGUGGACCCCAAUCGCCAUGCAACACUCACGGAUCUCAUUGAUUUCCACAAGGAGGAAAUUAUCACCGUUUCAGGGGGAGAGUUGCUACAGGAACCCUGUGGACAAAGGGACAGCCCACCAGACUACCACCUGUUAUUUGAAUGAUUGUUUUCUCCUUAUCAUAGUUAAGUUUCUUUGAGCAUCUUCUUUUUGAACUCAGCACAAGAACUCCCCAAUUCAAAUCCCAACGACUUUCUGGAAGAUCCACCACUAUUCAGAGGAGUAAGCAUAUCAGUAUGUCUCAAGGGAUAUGGAAUGCACACAUAUGUGCUACUGGAACCAUCCCAGUACUCAGGACAGAAAUUGCUACUAGCUGAUGCUACUGUUUCAUGGAGAAUCUAGUUAUGACCUCAGAAGAUGCACCCUGUUUGUCACGGCUGCCCUGAACUAAACUCGGAUCAUGUUUUAAUAAUCCAAAAUAAUUCUAGUGCCGAAC